AUGACGGAUGCCAUGCAUGUUUCAAGUUUAAAACGUCUCGCUGCGGACCACGCCGCAUUGCAUGAUGACCUGCCCCCGAACUAUCUCUUCCCAUCGGAGGACUCGUCGAGCGAUGACCUCACUCAACUUACGACCUUGCUGGCCGGUCCGCAGGGAACACCAUACUCACAAGGCCUAUGGCGCGUACACUUGAAGAUGCCGGAUGACUAUCCUAAAAGUCCGCCGAAGGCGACCUUCAAAACUCGCAUAUGGCAUCCCAAUGUGGAGGAGUUGACGGGCGCGGUCUGCGUCGAUACACUGAAGCGGGACUGGAAGGCGACACUGACGUUGAAGGAUGUUUUGGUUGUAAGUAUGCACCGUCGCUGUGAGGGGUAUAAUCGGACAGAGGCUAAUGAAUUGCGGCGCGCGUAUAGACGAUUUCAUGCCUGCUCAUUUAUCCCAACCCGGAUUCUGCGUUGA